AUGAAGCAAUACAAAAAGUACCUGCUUUUAGCGGUGCUGAUAUCCAUGACCAUGAUGAGCUCACUCUUAAUUUCCCAGCGGAAUUUCUCUAUUGAAUCGAUCAUCCCAUCUGGAUUACGCGCGCACCGCCUGGGUUUCAGUUCAAUUUACGUCAUCAAUUUGCCCGGCCGGACCGACAGACGAGUGAGAAUGCAAGAGCUGGCGUCCUUUCUAGGUCUCAAUUUCGUCUUUCAUGAUGCAGUCUCAUUUCUGGACGUCGAUUUUCCAAUGCGACGGAAUACGAGUGGAACGACUGUCAAUCUCAUGAAAAAUGCCACGCUUGCUUGCUUUUUCAGCCACAGAGAGGUGUACGAGCAGAUUAUUCAACGCGGUGACAAAUAUGCGCUGAUAUUGGAAGACGACAUUGAUAUGGAAUUCGAUAUUCGAGAGCGAAUGAACUCUUUUUGGAAUAUUACACUACCCAGUGAAUGGCAUCUCGUCUACUUUGGCCAUUGUAAUUCUCCACGCAGCAAUCCACACCAGGUUGAAUCUUUCGGAGAAACAAUUGAUUCAUCAACGGGAUUGCGACGGUCUGUAAAUCCAUAUUGCACACACGGUUAUGCCGUUAGUCAAAAGGGCGCUCAGAUUUUGCUAGAUCAGGUUGUUCGUGAGCCUCGCUCAGCAAUCGACGUGCAGAUUGCUUGGGCAAUCAGAAAGGGACAGCUUCAAAGUUAUUCGGUUGUCCCGCCUUGGAUUGUGCAGUCGAGGGAUACACCAAGCGACAUCAGUAAGAACUGGAAGGAGCUCCCCCAGCAACCGUUGAACAAAUCUGUGCUACAUCGUCUCGAAACGCAAGCUCAAAAGUAA